UGCAGCGUCAGCACGACCUGAUGGUUAUUCAUGAUCUGUACCACUGUUGUCUAUUGUAAGGCUAAGUGUCCUGCUAUGGCGAUGCGUGUCUCAGGAUGAUCUCGGCGAGGAACAAAGACGAGAUUGUGCGAUUCUACACGGUCACCGACCCCACGACACACAAGAAAGGCUACACGGUGUAUAAAGUGACGGCCAGGAUUAUUUCACGCAAGAACCCCGAGGACAUUCAGGAGAUCACAGUGUGGAAAAGGUAUAGUGAUUUCAAAAAGCUUCAUCAAAACCUUUGGCAGAUACACAGAAACCUCUAUGGGCAGUCAGAGCUCUUCCCUCCCUUCGCAAAAGCUAAAGUCUUUGGUCGUUUUGAUGAGUCUGUGAUUGAAAAGAGAAGGCAGUGCUCUGAGGAUUUGUUGCAGUUCAGUGCUAAUAUUCCUGCUCUGUAUGGCAGCCAGUACAUGCAGGAUUUCUUUAAGGGUGGUGAGGUGCAAGACAGCUCUGAGCUCAUCGGCCCAGCCGAGCCCUUCUCUGAUUUCUUAGCUGACAGCCUCUUAGAUAGCAGUUCUGAAGCUUCUAAAGAUAUCAGUGUUGUGGAUGAUUUGACUGUGGGCAACCCAUGUGAACAUGAGCGUGGCAGCAGUGAUAGUGAGCUGAAUUCUCUGGAGGUUGAUGGAGACACUCUGGCUGCAGUGGAUGAUGGAAUGGCAUCAGGCAGCAUCAGGCACACAACAACAAAAAGCAACUCAUCUCCUAUCCAGCAGCGAGUGACGUCCCAAAGCCAGCUGGGAGUAGAGUCCAGCCAUAGCAGUGGGGGGGCUUUGAGUUUCACCUCCAGCCUCAGGAACUACUCCGAGAAGAAGGACUACCUGGAAGAGGCCAGUGAGCAGAUCGCUCUAGCUGUCCAGAAAGAAGUGGAGCAGGACUUUGCAGUGGCGUUUUCCUACUACCGUAGAGGUGUAGAUCUUCUGCUGCAGGGUGUGCAAGGGGAGGUAAGUCCCAGCAGAAGGGAGGCUGUGAAGAGGAAGACAGCUGAAUAUCUGAUGCGUGCCGAGCUCAUUUCUGGACAGCUCAAAGACAGCAUGGGUCAGAGCUCCACUCAGAGCAGGGCAUUGGGCUCGCAGUGCUGUGGUGGCUUGUGGACUGAGCAGACUCAUUCUGAUGAGCUAAUGCAUUACAGAGUGCUGGGCAUUAUUGAUAAGGUUCUCUUGGUGAUGGAUAGAAGAACACAGGAAACAUUUAUUUUGAAAGGUUUAAGGAAAAGCAGUGCAUGUGGACGUGUUAAGAAGACUAUUUUGCCUCGUUCCGUGCCUAACAUGGUACAACUGGAGAAAUACAUAAUAUCAGAGGACUCCAUCUUUCUUUUAUUGCAGUAUGCUGAGGGUGGUAAAUUGUGGUCUCAUAUCUGCAAGUAUCUGCGUGAGAACAGUCCAGAAGAAAGCUUCAACAUACCUUUCAUCCAGAAAGCUCACUCUGUAGCGGUACAUUCAACCCUGAACCCUGUAGACACCGGUUCCAGCAGUGUGGAUUCUCGGGACCUAAGCCUUGGGGAGAAUCCCUCAGCACCCCAACUGGCAGACUCCGGUGCCACCUCUGAAGAGGAGUGCACCAACAGCUACUUGACACUGUGCAAUGAGUAUGAGCAGGAGAAGCUGGAUCCAGAUGAGGACCGCAGCUCACUCGCUCCUCUGUUAACACAGAAACAUACAUGCUCCAUGUUGAGCACUGAUAGUCUGUGCUCUCCGAUAUCGAUGCAGGAGCUGUGCUUGUUCACUGAGGAAGAGCAAUUAGCCGGCUUUGAGGACCAAUGCACACAUUUACCGGACCAUCCGGACCAAUCACCGCCAAUGGAGCUCUUCCACAGUGACAGGAGAGAAGCCUGCAAGCCAUCAAUUGUACCCUCAGAUGAUGGUUCAGAGCUCACAGAGGAGCCAGUGGAGAUGAUGCAGGAAGUGUCGGAUCUCUGGAGGUCUGAUAGUGAUCAAUGCUCGAACGAUCUGGUGCCGGUGAUUUCCUUUAAAGAAGCUGUACUGGAGGAUGCCACUGUCAGCUGUGCUGUUGAGGGACAACCGCCUGAUUUAUUGGUCAAUCUGCCAGUGCUUGAAGAUGGCACAGUGGACACGAAGGAUGAAGAGCUCAUCACCCAAGACAUCGCUUUUGCUGCAGUGGCCAAAACCUCUCCUACAUUUGGCAGGCCGGAUGUUCUACAGAGAGGAGAGAAAGAGGAGUUGGACCAGUCCGUUGAUGUUGCCACUUCUCCUCUUCUACACAGACCAUCAAAAACAUCUUUUAGAACAGACUCAUUGACUCUGUCUUCCCCUGAGCUCUCUGGCACACUGGACGCAGCUGUUCCUAGAACUCAGAUGGACUUUGUUCAGCAUGAAGAAGUGGGCUUGAGGUCCAAAGGCACUGUAGGAGAACAGGAGGAUGAGGAAGUGUCCAAGUUGUUUCAAGAGCUUGAUAAGUUGGCCGCAGUUUCAUUAGACACACGCAUCCCAGAGGCUCUAGUGAGGAACUGGGCUGCUGACAUGGUUAUGGCUCUGGAUGCUCUGCAUCAGGAGGGCAUUAUAUGCCGAGACCUGAACCCCAGCAACAUACUGCUAAACCACGCAGGUCGUGUGCAGCUCACCUAUUUUUGUAGCUGGAGUGAUGUAGAGGAGUCAUGUGACCCGAUCGCCCUCUCUAAGAUGUACUGUGCACCAGAAGUGGGCGGAAUCUGCGAAGAGACAUUAGCGUGUGAUUGGUGGAGUUUGGGAGCCCUUUUAUUUGAGCUCAUAGUCGGAAAGUCUCUAUAUCACUGUCAUCCUGCUGGCAUUGGAAGACACUCAUCCCUGAACAUCCCAGAGUUUGUGUCGGAGGAAGCACGCUCUCUGCUGGAACAGCUGUUGCAGUAUAAUCCAGUAGAGCGGCUGGGUGCGGGAGUGGCUGGUGUGGAGGAUAUUAAGUCUCAUCCAUUCUUUUCUCAUGUGAACUGGACCAAGUAAACCAUUAAGAUACACUUGAAGGAGAUGAACGAUCUAAAUUGACUGUUAAAUGUCCAUAUGCACAAAAACAUCAAAUGAUGGAGAACACAUGCUUAUUUAAUGGCCCAAGCUCAUUGUCAACAGUGAGGAAAUUACAAUGUGGUAUACAGGAAGUUUCUGUUUAUAUCAGGAAAAAUAUCAAUACAUAUAUCCUGUAUAAAACUGUUAAUAUGUAUGGGUGCUUAAUUUAUAGUGUUUACAAAAAGCAGCUGGCACAUUUUGACUGCAUGAACAUCUUUAGCAUGUGCUAGAAGGACAUGUACUAAGUGAUCCUAGUCAGUUGUUUAAUUGAAUUUUAUCACAGGCACUACAUAUUCUCUACUAACCCAUCUGAUGCUUUGUGUUAUUCAUUAAACUUCUCUGUGUCA